GGCAAAGGGUUUUAGCCAUUGAAUGUGGAGGCUUAUUAGAUGCUCCAUCAGCAACGCCGCCAAUCCUUUCACAAGAAGGGCACAUGCUGGCGAUUGCACUAGUUUCAAAACUUUGAGACCUGAAAUCUCUUUCCGCAGACAGGGCCGAAGUUGAAGAAGAAGCAACGCAUGAGAAGAACGUCGGCAGUGCAGAGGAAAAGGCUGGAGAAGAGCGAAUCUUUCAUUAAUUUUUCUUUUCCUGCAUCUACGGGAAGCAAUUGAACGGAAGAGACGAGAUGGACAGUAAAACUGAUUUGUUCGAGCCAUAUCGGGCAGCCCUGCAGGGCGAUUGGGAAUUUCUGCAGCAUUUCUACAUGAAAAAUGAUGAUAAUGUUGAUUUGCUGGUAUCUCCUCUAACGGCCGCCAGGGACAAUGCAUUUCACUUAGCAGUGUUCAGCAAAACAAAAGAACCACUUCAAUCUCUACUUAAUUUAUCCGAAAAAGAUCCUAAGGUGAAAUAUGGGUUUUUAGAGCAGAAUGGCUACGGGAACACACCUCUUCAUGAGGCUGCAGCCAAUGGGAACAUGGAGGCCGUAAAGGCCUUGGUCGAUCAUUAUAGUAAGCUCCCCAAGGAAGAUAUUAAUGUAAAUAAAACUGAGGAUGUGCGCCCCGGGAAAGUUGAAAAAGAUCAAAAUAAGAAUGAGCUCCUUGAGGCUGUGAAACAUAAAGCUGAAACCCCGCUGUUUAAAGCUGCUGCAUUUGGGAGAAUAGAAGUGGUGAAGUUUUUAGCUUCAAAAUCAUUAGAAAAUAUAGAACAAGGACUAGAACGGAAAAAAGUAACAAAGCUUAAAAGCGUUCACUACCAAAAUCAACGCAUUCUGCCUUGUGCCACCGAAGGGAAAACAUUCGUGAAAAAGCCUGAUGCCUCCAUUCUGCACGUUGCCAUCACGGGACACCACUUUGAUACGGCUCUAUUUUUACUGAAAAAGGAUGAAUCGUUAGCAACACUCAAGGACGUAGAUGGCAGGACCUCUCUUCACCUACUAGCAACCAUGCCCUCAGCUUUCAAAAGUGAAUAUCGAUGGGGCACAUGGAUCCACAGUGUCUUGUAUUUCUGGUGGCUUAUAUUACUGGGCAAAAACUGUGCACUAGCAAUGAGAAACAUGUUGGAACAGAAGAGAAAGCGUGAACUUGCUUUGAAACUAGUGGAGAAACUAAUAGAAAAAGAUUCUUCUUGGGACGAAACCAUUAAUAAGGAAGUGAUGAUUUAUGAAGACCAGGGUAUAGGAAUUCCUAUCCAAGCCGAAGGAAAUUAUACGACAAUCCCGUUAUUGCUGGCGACUGAAAGAGGAAUAGUAGAGAUUGUGAAGAAGAUACUAGGAGUAUAUCCUCCUCUAGUUGAGCAUGAAAACGAUCUGAAUCAGAACAUACUGCAUGUGGCAAUUAAGCACCGUCAUUAUGAGAUCUUUAAUAUUGUGAAAAAUAUGAAAAUACCAAUGGCAAGGUUAGUCCGAAAGGUUGACAGAAAUGGCUACACCAUUUUACACCAUGCUGCAUACAUGGAGGAAAAGACUACAAAAAUAAUUCAACCUGGAGGACCUGUAUACCGACUCCAAGAAGAGAUGGAGUGGUACAGACGUGUAAAGGAGAUAAUGCCCUCCCACUACGCCGACUUGCGCGAUAUGGAGCAUGGCAAGACUUGCGAAGAGCUAUUCAAAAUGAAGCACGAUGGACUUCUCAAGCAAGCACAGGACUGGAUAAAAGAAACUUCUCAGUCUUGCUCUGCAGUGGCUGUUCUCGUUGCUACACUGGUCUUCGCAGCUGCCUACACUGUGCCUGGAGGUUCCAAUGAAAAGGGGUAUCCAGUUUUCCUCAACAGCACUCCCUUCUUGGUUUUUAUAAUCAUGGAUUGUAUUGCUUUAGCCUGCUCCUUGACCUCCGUUGCAAUGUUCUUGUCCAUCCUCAUAACGCCUUAUACGUAUUAUGAAUUCCACCACAAUAUCCCAAGAAAACUCACAACAGGUUUCUGCUUGCUCUACAUUUCAUUGGUUACAACAAUGAUUACAUUCGUGGCAACAUUAGUGCUCAUAAUUCGUUUGGAAAAAGCACAUCAGAUCACCACUCUCAUUUAUACUGCUGCUUUUUUACCGGUCAGCGUAUUUGCACUCGUGAAUUCUCAUUUGUAUGCUGUGUUUGAGAAAACUUUUUUGUUACCUGCGUAUGAGAAAACUUUGCUCAAGUUGUAUCAUAGAUUGUCUAAAAGUUGGUGUGUCACAAAGCCUUCACAGCCUAAGAAGCAAGCUGCCGGACAGGGUUCCAUUGCAGACCAAGCAGCUCCUGAAAAUCCAAUCGCAUACAGAGCAACUUCAGAACGACAGUCAAUUGUCUAAGAAGAAUGUUAAUGAUAAUAAGCCUGAGCUCCCAGUCUGAGAUUUGAUGCUGACAAGUCUCUGAGAUAUUAAGUCUGUUUUCAUUAUAUUGGUUUUCACUUGAGUUAAGAGUAAGUGUCAAAUAAGAGAGUAUUUUACUCUGUUCUAUACGCAAGUAGUGAGUGUUUUUUAACAGUUAUAUUAAGUUCAUAAAUUCAAAACAUUUGAUGUAUUUUUAUCAUAUUUCAAUAAGAUUCUUAUUUUCUAAA